AAGCCAUGGAAAGGAUCUGCUCAAUAUAAACAUAGAUUUUCUAAGAAAACAAAUAAACACACAUUCUACUACUUUUAUUUAGCCAGUCUUGGUUCCACAUUUGGGCCAUUUUUAGGACAAGUGUACCAGGGGAAAAGGAAAACUAAACAACUGCGGACAUCAUUGCCUAGAAUGGUUACUUGUUUUGAAACUUGGUGGCCUGUGGUCUGUUGCCAGGAAAAGUUUGCUACUCAGCAACAACUUGCUUCCGUAGUACAGUGUGAUCCCAUGGAUGAUAACUUCCUGGUCUUCUCAUGGAUAUGUGAAACUGUGGAUAAUUAGUGAACCCUAUCCUUUUCAGUGGAUUGAGUGACAGUAGUACUGAGAAGAGGACGCAGCUUGUACAGGACGCCCUAUGUGAAAAAAGUAAACUGUAGAGAGAGAUUGAGUUUCUUUUGACUUGCCAUUCUCAGCCUCCUCAUGCCUCCAUCUCCACUAGACGACAGGGUAGUAGUGGCACUCUCCAGGCCUGUAAGACCUCAGGAUCUCAACCUUUCCUUAGACUCCAGCUACCUUGAACCUGCUUCUUCCACCAGCGAGAGCCACGUGAGUCUCCUUAGCACCGCUGUCGUGUCCCUCAAGGCUGCUAAUCUCACGUAUAUGCCCUCAUCCAACGGCUCUGCCCGCUCCCUGAGUUGUGGAUGCAGCAGCGCCAGUUGCUGCACUGUGGCAACGUACGACAAGGACAAUCAGGCCCAAACGCAAGCCAGCACCAGCAGCACCUCUGCCAACGUAGGAACCUCGACCACGUGCCCUGCGAACCAAAUGGUCAACAACAAUGAGAACUCUGGCACUUUGAGUCCCUCAACAGGAGUAGGGAGCCCUGUCUCAGGCCCAACAAAACCCUUGGCUAGCAUCAAAAUCAUCUACCCCAAUGACCUGGCUAAAAAGAUGACCAAGUGCACCAAAAGCCAUCAAGGGCCUGUGAUCAUUGAUUGUCGGCCCUUCAUGGAAUACAACAAGAGCCACAUUCAGGGAGCUGUUCACAUCAAUUGCUCUGAUAAGAUCAGCCGGCGGAGGCUUCAGCAGGGCAAGAUCACUGUCUUGGACUUGAUCUCUUGCCGAGAAGGCAAGGACUCCUUCAAGAGGAUCUUUUCCAAAGAAAUAGUUGUUUAUGAUGAGAAUACCAAUGAGCCAAGCAGAGUAAUACCUUCGCAGCCAUUGCACAUAGUGCUGGAGUCUCUUAAGCGGGAAGGCAAGGAACCACUGGUUCUAAAAGGUGGACUCAGCAGUUUCAGACAGAACCACGAAAACCUCUGUGAUAACUCCCUCCAACUCCAAGAGUGCCCAGAAGGUGGUGGAGGUGGUGGGGGCGGUGCCACCGCGGUGACCUGUACGCUACCUCAAUCCGUCCCGACCACUCCAGACAUUGAGAAUGCCGAACUCACUCCAAUCCUGCCCUUCUUAUUCCUUGGCAAUGAACACGAUGCCCAGGACUUGGAGAAGAUGCAGCGGCUGAACAUUGGCUACAUCAUCAAUGUCACCACUCACCUCCCCCUCUACCAUUACGAAAAAGGCUUGUUCAACUACAAGCGGCUUCCCGCCACAGACAGCAACAAGCAGAAUCUCAGGCAGUAUUUUGAAGAGGCUUUUGAAUUCAUUGAGGAAGCUCACCAGUGUGGGAAAGGUCUCCUUAUCCACUGCCAGGCUGGUGUGUCGCGCUCUGCCACCAUAGUCAUUGCUUACCUUAUGAAGCACACGCGGAUGACCAUGACUGAUGCCUAUAAGUUUGUCAAAGGCAAGCGACCAAUCAUUUCUCCUAAUCUUAAUUUCAUGGGGCAGUUAUUGGAGUUUGAAGAAGAUCUAAACAACGGAGUUACACCCCGAAUCCUUACACCAAAGCUCAUUGGAGUUGAGACUGUCGUGUGACAAUAAAGAAGCAUGGGAGAGACGAUCAUAUUUUUGACACAAAGUUGGAGGGUUGGGUGGUUGUUUUUAAAGCUUUAUUGGGGAGGGUUUAUUUUAAGAGAUACUCUGGACAGCAACCUUUUGAAGAAGAGGUUCUAAAAAUAGAAGGACUUCACAAAUGUUGGAGUGAAUGCUGUUGCAAGUCCAUUUUUGAAAACAAAAUGGAAGAAGAGAGGUGCUUUAAAAGAAAAGCAGUUUUUGAAAUCUACUUACGUGUGUGAGAGAGAAAACGGACACUAUAUAUUUUUAUUUCCUUUUUGGUGAUUCAGCUACUUGUAGAGAUUAUGACUAAGUAGUCUGUGCGGGUUCAUAGACCGAUAACAGUUACGUUAAAAAAAAAAAUAAAACACAACCAGCCAAAAUAAAAGCAAAAAGACAACAAAAUCCAUGGGCCUUGAGACUGCAAAGGCUUUGCUAAACAAAAUCUAAGCAAAAUGCUUGCUGGUGCAAAGGAGGUCAGAGCAGCUUACACUAUCUGCAGAUCACUUUCUCACUCUCCUGACUAGAUAAAAUAUUUUUAUUUGCUGUGUUUCAUCUUCCGGUACUGUUUUUUCUAUUUGGGGGUGAGGGUGGGACUGGACUAUUUUAUGCCAUAUGCCUUUACUGGCUUCUUGUGCAAUAAUAGUUUUGGGGGUUGGGAAGAGUUCUUUAUUUUGAGUGUUCAAACCAGUUUCAGCUGGCUGCCCAAUAAUAAUAAUAAUAAUAAUAAUUCAAAACUAGCGCAAAGGUGGCUGGCUUGAUUUAGAACUAGGAAUACAAGAAAAAUAAUUAUUUUUCCCUUUUUGGAUUCUGGUAACAGUGCCAUAAAUCUUGUUACAUGUGUAUAUCAGAAUGUACAAAGAUUAAAAAAAGAAGCAAAAUUUAUUUAAAAUAUUUUUUCGCACAAAAUACUGGUGUGUUUCUGUUCAUGUAAAAAGAAGUUGAUUAUAAAAUGAAAACUGUUUUAGAAAAUGUGUGUGUGUGUGUCCAUCCUUUUUCUUAUUUCUUUAAUGGAAAUUACUUACUAGUUAUAGUCUUCACAUGCCAUAUAUAGAGAUAGGCCUGAGAAACUCAAUGGCAUCAUAGCAGCUCCUUUCAUCUAGAUACCCCAAUGUCCCAAUUUAGAUACAACUAUCUUGGUUCCAUCAAGCCAUGAUUUAUCAAACCAAAAGCAAACAUUAUUCUACCACAUGUUUUGGCUUCUCUUUCUCUUUCAUACUAGGGACCCUUUCAUACUACACAGUAAUAGCAUUAUGAUUCCACUUUAACUGCCAUGGCUGCAUUCUGUAGAAUCAUGGAGUUUUUAGUAAGGCAAUUUAAUUAUUUGUGGUCACAAAUUCUAGAUACCCCUUCCUAGAUGACUAAUUGCAGGAUUCCAUAGGAUAGAACCAUGCAAGUAAUAUGGAAGCAUGACACUAUAGUGUGAAAUAAUUCCCACAGAAAACUGUGGUUUGAAAAAGGCCAGAGAUAUUGAAGAAGGAAGAAAAAACGGAGAUAGAAUUGAUAUGGAGACAAUUUUAGUGAAAAUCCAGUUGUUAGUGCCAGCUUGAAUGGACCAGUUGUUUCAACUGAACAUACAGAACUAUUUACUCAGAAAAUUCCCAUUGAUUUGUUGGAAUACCUCUAGGUGGGAAUAGUUAUAUGAUUCAAGAUGUGGUCUGGUAAUGGCUGACCUCAUUAGAUAAAAAUCAGUCAGUCUGUACUGAAACUAUCUGCCUUGGGCAACUGGUUAUUAUAUAUGCAGGAUUAGCACACUAGAAACAUUUAUAUCUGGACUAGGACACUACUGGUUAGACUAGAGAUAUCUGGCCAGUUGCACAUAAGAGCACUUAAACAAGCUAGGAGCUGUAUGGUGCAUAGGGGAGUGCUUCGCUCAUGGUUCUCACAAGAGAGCCUGUCAUGCUACACUUUUCCAAUAUCCGGUGGAAUUCUGGGCUUUGUAGUUUGGUGAGGAAUCACCAUUCUUUGACUAAGAUACAUUGUAAAUCCUAUGAUUUGUUAGGAUGUUACCGUGGUAGUUAAAGUGGAACCAUAUAAUUGUGAAGUGGGCCAUUCUAUUUUGUCAUAUAGUAUACACCUUUGUAUUGUAUUUCUGGAUGAUGGAUGAACUUGUGCCCUUCUGUAGCUAAAAUUUAUUUCACAGGUUGUCCACUCAAACGCUUCCAAAUAGCUGCUUUUUAUGAUGUUCACAUGCAAACAAAACAGUGCAAAUAAGAUGUUGGGGGAGAUUAUUAGUCAUGAAAGGGUAUUUUCACAUAUAUCUUUUUUGUCAGAGUUUAUUCAACUAUGUCUCACACUUUUUCAAAGUGCACGUGGUGUUCUGAGUGAUGUAGUUUGUAUAUUGUCAAAACAUCACAACAAUGCCAUUUUCAGAGUAUAGUUUUUCAUAUUUUCAUUUCAGUGUUAAAUCAUGAGCUGACAGUAUGAGGAGGAGUUAUGCAGACUUACUGUUAGUCAGCUACCUGCUAACCAAAUGCAGUUUCACACACUUGCAGCAUUUUGUGUGUUAGAAAGAACAAGGGUUUGCUUAAUUUGCAAGACAUCUAACUGGAGUCUUGUUUGAUGUAGUGGUUUGAGUGCUGAACUAGCACUUUGGUAGGCCAAUUUGGCCAUGGAAAUCCAAUGGGUGAACCUUGGGCAAGUCAAGCCUCAGACAAAGAUAAUAUCAAAACCCCUCUGAAACAAUUUUGUGAAGAAAAUGCAGUGGUAGGUUCAUAUUAAGGCCAUAAGUAAGAAUUGAUGCAUAGAACAGCAACUAAUUGAAGAGGCACCAGUAAAAAAUUAAAUGUCUUGCAAUUUGGUACGAACCUGUUCUCAAGAAAAGCACUGCAGAUUCUCCCUUCCUGGAUUCCCUGGUGCUUAUUUGUUGUUAAGCAUGUUAAUAUCCAUAUUGAAAUGGCACCUAUAAGUGUUUCCUUUGAAAAAUGGCCUUUGGCCUCUAAGUCCUUUCACUUUUAAAUAGCAUUGGUGUUUGCCUUAACCUACCUACCAGUCAAGGUUCUUUUUAAGAAAAAAUGAUCAAGGUCAUGCCAAUGUGAAAUCCACAUAAACGUAGCAUUUGUCACUGUUUUCCCCAAUGUAUAUGCACUAGCCUUUUUCAACACCUUUUAAAAGUUCCUAUCUUAUACUGUACUCUUGCCAUUUGGCAGGCCAAAUUUUGGGCACAAUUAACUGUAAAGCUCCACUGAAAUGAAGGAAAACAGCACAACAAUGUUCAUUUUAAUGGUGCAUUUGCAGGAGAACAUCCUGUUGAAUUGUGCCUUUGAUUAGUAUGGAUUUGGAAUCAAUAAAGGAAAGCUGGAAACGACUACAGGAGCACCACAGCUCUAGGGAGGGUGUUGUCUUUUCCUUUCAGAUCAAAAUCUAUAUAGACCGAACAAAGUACAGUAAGGUGUAUCAAAAGAAAUUAUGUAUAUUGAUCCCAGAGAUGUGUGUAUUUCUGUGUACUUUUGCCAAACAAUGUUAUUACAAUACAAUAUAGAUAUUUUCUUGAAAGUUUAUGCCUUUUAUUAAAGUAUUUUUCUACAAUAA